AUGACAGCCGUCAACUACCCCCCCUUGUUGGCUGCACUGGGCACAUACGCUUGGCCAAAGGGCGCUAGCCGCUCUCAUAAGGUUUCCCGCUCUGGUCCCCCAGGGUCGCCUGCAUACGCAUGCUGCCAUCUCGUCACCGAUUGUGCCGUUCCCGUCUCGUCUGGCCUCAAACAGAUGGGCACGGAGCCGAGGAUGCUUUCGGAGAGUUUUUGUUGUUUUGUUGUAUGGCAUCCAACGACUGGAGCUCCUCCCGGUCGCGGUUCCAUUCUUCCUGGAUUCAUACCCCGCCUAUUUGCCUUUGCUGCCCUGCAUGUUCAAGUGUCAAACAUGAAUCGCUGGACGUCAACGCACCGUGAGCUUUGA